UACUCGACGUCGUGAUGAUGCCGGUCGUAACGGCACUUCUGGCGUGUCUGUGAAGCAGAAAGACGAAUGCGGGCAAUCUGGCGUGUUUGGGUCGCUGUGGCGAUGACAUCCCGAGUAUACUCUGUCGGCGAGUCGAGUGUGGUCGAAAGGAGAGUCUCGAAAGGCAAACUGUGCUCACGGCCGACGAGGAUAUAGAAGGGCAACCUCGCCGCCGUCGGUCAGAGUGGCUGCGCUGCUGCCGUGCUGCCGCCGCGGUCGUGUGGGCGCCGCCGGGAUGCCGCCCCUCAAGCUGGUCGUGUUCGUGGGCAGCUGCCGCACGGGACGCCUCGCAGAGCGCCUCAAGCGCCACGUCACCUCGCAGCUCGAGAAGAGAGGCCACCAGGUCAGCGUCAUCGACCCGGAGGAGGAGCCGAACCUGCUGGCCGUGCGCAAGCCGCUGCACUUCCACGGCCCGGACGAGGCGCCGCCGACGUGGCUCGCGCAGCUGCACGAGACGGUGAAGGCGGCGCACGGCUACCUGGUGCUGUGCCCCGAGUACAACCGGUGCAUCGCGCCGGCGCUGGGCAGCGCCAUGGACCAGUUCCCGCCGGACUCGUACCGGCACAAGCCGUGCGCCAUCGUCACCUACGCCGUCGGUGUCGGAGCAGGCCUGGCUGCUGCCAUGCAGCUUCGCAGCUUCCUGGGCGAGCUGGGCAUGAUAACGGUGCCGUUCAUCAGCCUCAACGCCAAAGUCCAGACGCUGGUCGCCGAAGAUGGCAGUGCCUCGGACGACGGCUUCUCCGAGCGCUUGGCCAAGCUCUUCGGCGAGCUCGAGUGGUACGGGGCAGCACUCAGGAAUCACAAGGAGGCCUGCGGCCCGCCUAUGUAAUCGACCCUUCGGCACGAUAUUCCAAGCGAGCGACGGAGCCCGCUGUAGGAUUCACGCACAAGAGAGCGCGAACAUUUUGCACGCUGUGUUUGCUGACACAUGCGUCUGAACGUGGACGUCUUCAGAGCGAGGAGCAAAACUACUUUUCACUUCGUACGUGAGAGGAAAAUAUUGGGAAUAAUAAAAAUGAUUACAAAGGCUAUAUUCAACAAAA